AUGAAAUUCUGCAUUGAAACGCCCAGGAGUGUCCAUUCACUGCUCCCGACUGAAAGUUGCACCGGAGUUGUGAACCUUUCGAAGCGCUGUGUACCGUUCGCGGGCGGCCCGCAAUCGAUUCCCCGAGGCCGGGAACCACCGUGGGGCAACACUAGCCUUCGCGGCGGGAGCGCGGCGUCAAGCGGCGACGGAGCGCCCGGCUCGGCGGUGGCGUCGGCGAGCGGCCGCGGCGGCGCCUCCACGGUACUGCGGCACGCGUUCUACCGCGCCGCCCCGCACCACGACGCAUCCCCCACCCCGCCCCGGGACCCGCGCACCCUGCCGCACCGCCGCCCGCACGCACGCCGCAUUCUUGCGUUCCGCUCGCCCUCAGGCGCGGAAACAAUCCGCACAAAGAGCUUAGGCCUCCGGAGGCGAUCCCACACACCACGUGUUGCUGCCGCGUCGCAUUGGACGCAGCUCGCAUGGUCCCCAUCGGAGAGC